UAAAAAUGAUGAUGUAACCGAUUUGACUAUGGAUACCGUUUCUAAGCCACCGACCUGUGAACCAUUAACGCUACUAGGCCGAAUAACAUUAACCCAUAGUACACUACACAUUCUUUUUGUAAAUGUGUUUUGAAGAUUUCACCAUUGAUUUGCUUGGCUCUCUCCACCGUCUACCUCUCGCUCAAGAAACGAAAUAGUUUCUGGUUGGUCCCGCUCUUUUUAUACACCGAAAUCACAGCUUGGCCCCUUCUCCUUCUUCUUUGUAAGCUUUUUCUAUUUCUAUUUCCUUUCCUUUUCUACUUUUUUCUUCCUUUUUUCCUUUUAACUUCACUGAUGGGAAGGGUUAAACUAAAAAUAAAAAGGUUAGAGAGCUAUAGCAACAGACAAGUUACAUAUUCGAAACGCAGAACUGGAAUCUUGAAGAAAGCUAAGGAAUUAUCAAUAUUAUGUGACAUUCACAUUAUCCUUCUAAUGUUUUCUCCAACAGGAAAGCCUACCUUAUUCCAUGGAGAGCGCAGCAAUAUUGAAGAGGUUAUUGUGAAGUUUGCACAAUUAACGCCGCAAGAAAGGGCAAAGAGGAAGCUGGAGAGCCUCGAAGCACUGAAGAAAACCUUCAUGAAAUUGGAUCAUGAUCUAAACAUACAUGACUUUCUAGGUGCAAACCGUCAAUCUAUUGAGGAAAUGACAAAAGAAGUAUCAAGGUUUCGAGCUCAGCUUGCUGAAGUACAUAAGAGACUGAGCUACUGGAGUAAUCCAGAUAAAAUUGACAACAUUGAGCAUCUUAGGCAGAUGGAAGAUUCACUAAGAGAAUCCAUUGAGCGUGUUCGUAUACACAAGGAAAAUUUUGGAAAGCACCAUCUUAUGUCACUAGAAUGCUGUAACCAGUUUCAGAAUAGGAUACCUUUGUCUGUAAUGAUUGGUGCGGUGCAAGAAGCCCAACCCGUUAUGUGGCUUCCCAACAAUGAAAAUCAUCAUACGUUAUUGCAUAAUGAACUGAACUUUCUACCUCAUCGAGAUGCAGAAUGCUCUACGGAUUGCUCCCUUGCUGGCUAUUCUGGUUUCUUUGGCUCCGGUAAACAAACAGAGAUCAGCAGUUCAGGACAAGUUGAUAAUGUGGUACAGGAAUGUAAUGCCCUUAAUGAGUUAGGUAGUAAUGCUUGCUUAAAUUUAGAACCCGGUGAGCAAUAUUUCUACCAGCCAUAUAGUGCUUCAAAUUACCAGGAUGAUGAGAAGUUGAAGACUGAGAUGGAGGUAAACCUUCAAGGGAAUCCUGUGGUUAACCAAGUUAUUAGCAACUUCAAAAUCCCUAGACCUAUGUAUAACAAUGGGCAUCAAGCUUGGGUAUUGUCUUCUGGCCCUUGUGGCAUUGCAAAGUUUGAUGGGAAUUCUUACCAUCAGGUGUUGGACACGGAUACUUCACGAAAAGUAGAGUCAGAGCAACAUAGGUAGCAGCUGAUUGAACUGUUCAAUCAUGUCAAAGUUUUAGAUGAUGAAUAGCCGUUGAAAGCAAUUAAAUCUGUGUCCAACAAUUAUUUUUUGUUGGCUUUACUUCGUAUGGUAAAAGAUUUUUUCUCGAUUGUUCAAGAAAAGUAGAGUCGGAGCAACAUUGGUAGCACCUGAUUGAACUGUUCAGUCAUGUCAAAGUUUUAGAUGAUGAAUACCCUUUGGAAGCAAUUAAAUCUGUGUCCAACAAUUAUCUUUUAUUGGCUUUACCUUGUAUGGUAAAAGAUUUUGGCUCGAUUGUAAUCUUCAUACCUGCCAACAGUGUCAUUGGCCCGAGAUUUGACAUUCUGAUUAUUUGCCCUUGCGACCGCUUAAACAAACACCAUGAGAUUAACUUGUAUGUUGGAGGACCGAAAUUCAGGUCCUCAUCGUUUACACUGCUGUAAUUGUACACUUGAGUUCAACUACCUGUAGAGAUGCCAAACUUGUUUAUGCAGCCUCUAGCUUCUGAAAUGUGUAUAAGUUACAAGCUAAUGUAUUGAUAAGGCAACAGUAAUUGUGGAACUAAAUUUCAUUGUUAUGUCUAAAUAACAGAUGAGAUGACUAAUCUAUCAAACUUUUGGUUACUGAGAUUGAUCCCUUUAGUGAAGAGCUGUAUUGAGUCCCAAUUAGGUUCUCCUGUCACGAGUUGAAUCCUGCUGUAUGACAUUCACAUGUUGAAUCUCUUUGACAAAAAUUAACAUAUCCAUGCCAUGAUAGUGAAUAUGAAACCAGUUGCUUAAGUAGAUUAUGCUCAUAUAAUGCUUCUAUGGCAUCAAGCAACAUAUGCUCGAUUUGUUUUGUUUACUCUUUCUAGUUUUUGUUCUCUCAAAGGCUAGUUUUAGUUUAUCAUGUCUUAAGGAAUUGAAUCUGCCUGCACAGUCAUUGAUUAUUAUGAUCAUCCUUUACCGCAGCAAACUUGAUCUAAUUUCAUGAAUCAGACACAUUCAUCCGGCCAAUGUCACGAUUUAUAGCUGAAGGACUGACAGACAUGCGUCGAAAUCUGACUGUUUUCAUGGAUCAUGGUCAUUUCUUGUGAUAGAAUAGGUGAAACAUACAGCACAUGAAGCCCUCACCCAGCCAGUUUUUGCUGCUGGACAUGUUUCUUGUAUAUUUAGUGUAACUUUGUAACUCAUACAUGAUUACAUCUUCUGUAUAUCAACUCUUUUUCUUUUUUUCCUCUUUUUUAGUUGUCUAAACAUAGUUUUCAUGGGGUUUUUGAGAGUACUUCCCUGUCCCUCAAGAUGUAUAUAAAUUAUAUAUAGAAAAUGAAAACAUGACUUCUACUGUCAUUAGUUUCAAUCCAAAUCUAUGAUCUUCUGAGAUGCUUAUUUUGUUGUUUAUAAGCAAUAAUGAUAAUAUAGUUAUAUAUAUAGAUGCAAUCUGAAGUUCCACUGUACAUUAGAAGUUCCUUGUUUUACAUUGAAUAUGCUUUCGAAAAAGCAUUCACUCAAAGCUUUACAAAAUAUAGGAACAUUAAGCUACAUCUCCUCCAAACUUCAAACCCAUUUAUUAGUAACCUCUGAUUGUGUUGAUGAUGGUGUUGUGCCAUGGAUCUGAUAGAUGCUGCAACAGGUUCUCAAAUGGCCCCUUCCCAGUCACAUUGUGUUGAACUACAAACCCCAA